CAUCAGUCGCCUUAGCAGAAGCUGUCCGACAUGUUGGUAAUAAUUCUGCCAUUUUUACUGGCCGCACACGUCCACAACGCCUACGACGUCGUCCACCGCUCCGGCUUGGGCCGAUAUGUUCCGGAAUGCACUUACGACGUCCUGGUGAACAUGUCUUUGGCCAAUAUCGUCCACGAGAGGGACAAUUUCUGCUCCAUGGUGGCGACAGAGCUAAAGUGCAGGCCGCAAGGCAGCGACAUCCUUAGCUGUCGUUUCGCUGAAAGUAGAGUGGUCAGGCCUAGCCCGGAUGACUCCAGAUGCACGAACGCGAGGAACUUCGUCCCAGUCUUGAACAGAUUCGUGAACGAGGACCCGUUCGAGAUCAGGUUCAAUUCCAGAGGGAUCGAGAACCUGGUCGUGUCUCGGGACAUCCCCAGAUGGAGGCUGGAUAUGAUAAGGGCCAUCGUCGGGCAGCUGAACGUUGGCUUUGAGCUGGAAAAUGCUCACGACCGGUUCGUUACCAUGGAGAAUUCUAAUAUCGGUUAUUGCGAGGUGGAGGUCAAAGUGUCAAGGGCAGGAUACGGGUGGGAAGGCGAAAGACCAAGGCACGAUCAGUUCGACAUCGUGUUUAAUCCUGAGCGACCUGGCAUCGCGCCCUUGGACUCGGCCAGUCUAAGGAUCGACAAGGUCAGACAGCCGAAGAAUUGUCCGAACAGGAAGAUAUACUUCUUUGGCAAUCAGGAGGACUUUAGUUUUGGGAAUAAGAAUACUUAUAUGGAUAUGACUACGUCUAUCAGCCACAUGUACGUGUCGAACAAAGAGCUGUAUUCCUUCACGGAGACCACAGGUGUAAUGAGAACUCUGAAUAAACCAAGAACGAUGCGGCUUCAUCAGCAGAUAAGCUUGUCCCUGAGAAGUAUAGAUCAUGCUCGAGAUCCAUUUCCAGAAAUCAUGAACCCUGCGUCAACUAGUUUGUACGCGUACACUAAUCUAGAUAGAAUCCCCGAGUACAAAUAAAUACCCUGACAGGAGUCAGAUUAGCAUAAUCCUAUCAGCUAAGAAGAGAAAACCAAAGAGGUGCAUUUCGAAAAGGUGUAUUUCACCUCGUAAAAUAGCCUUUUGAUAGAUUUCAGUACCUAAUAAAUAAUUUAUCGAACCAAUGCUCCCAAUAAAAUAUUU